CGCCCAACAAAUGAGUGAGAGUAUAAAAACAAAUUUCAUCAAAGUUGGCAGGUAGGCUUUGUGUGAGAUGCAGACCCUGGUUUGUUUUGGUUCCCCCAAAUUCAAACCCCGUUCCCAUCACAAAUUCAAGAAAUCUAGAACAAUCCCAUAUUGCAGUCUGAGAAAAACAAGCACUAAGUCUAAUUGGGCAGCCAUAUCAGCAACCCUUUUCGGCACCGGCUUCUUCUUAGGUCCCCUCAUAGAUGGGAUCCAUUCCAGAGUAAAUCUUGUGGAAUACCAAAAUGGGGCAAUUGAUAUUGGUCCUCUUCACACAAAUAUUUGGGUACCUCCUCUGCUUGGGCUGUUCUAUUGCAGUGUGGGGUUACUGCAACUUGUGCUUGAUCAGGGGUUGCCAUCUGAGGCAAUCAACAGUAGCCCAGAGAAAACUGCUGCUUCAUUUAUAGCCCUGGUGCUGUUCAUUGAAUUAAGUGCAGAAUUGUACAAAGCUGGAGUAGCAGACAACAUUGAAGCCUACAUAUUAUUUGCUGGGGCAGAAUUGGUUUGGUUACUGCUGGAUAAGACUAGAUUGGGAUUUGCACUUGCUUGUGUUGUAGGCCUUUGUUGCCCACUUGCAGAAAUUCCCAUUAUGAAACUGUUUGGGCUCUGGAACUAUCCCCAAGCAAAUGUCGAGAUAUUCGGUCAGGGACUAGUAAGUUGGACGAUGACUUGCUAUUUCGUGUAUACUCCAUUCUUGAUAAAUCUUUCGCGCUGGAUCAAAUCGAUCACUGCUACUGCAAAUUCUGAAGAAAGAUCAACUUCUCAGUAGAGUUCUAAAGACUCGUCAAGGUAAUGGACGAAAUUAGAAUUGUUCUUUAUUAGUGGAUGUAAAUUGUCGACUCUACCAGUUUUCCGUUUCAAAUUUUCAAAUUGUAAAAGUUUAUUGUUGGUACUAUUAAAUGGAAGAGGUAAGGGAAAAGUAUACUUUGGGUAAAUGCGGCAAAAUGUAUGUUCUAUAUUUCAAUUCAACGAGUCCAAGCAAAUCAAA